AUGAGCAUAACGUGCAUACGUCUGGUGUCCCUCAAUGUUCCCGCGCGGGUCAAGAAAGGCAGUGAAGUGCAGUUGUCGUGUCUGUACGACUUGGGCAACGCUUCCCUCUAUUCGUUGAAAUGGUUUUAUCGAAACCACAAGAAUCCAGAGGAACAGGAGUUCUUCCGAUACACUCCACGAGGAAAACCAGUCAAACAAGUGUUUCCAUUGGAAGGCAUUAACGUUGACCAAUUUCAGCUCACACAACAGUCGGCGUUCAGAAACACGGCUUCGACUUUUUACAAAUCAGAAGGCGGAACGGUAUACAUAACGGAGACUAAUGGCAUGACUAGUGGUAACUACAAGUGCGAGAUCAGUGUUGAGGGAACCUUUCAGACGGUGGCCGCAGAGAAACUCAUGACCGUUGAGGAAUAUCGAGAAUAG